GUUGAUUGUUGUUUUUGAAUUUUAAUCUUCAGUUGAUUUGAUUACGUUUUAAUUGUUUGUUUGUCAAGUUAAAUUGUUUUAAUUAUGGACCCAGAGGAUAAUGAGGAGAUGAUCGAUGAUGAAUCUGAAAUUGAAGAUGAUUCAGAUAUCGAGGGUGAUGAAGAAGGCGAAGAUUUCAUGGACGAAGAGGAUAAAAAUCGUGCUCAAGCUUUUUCUGUUAAAAAUCAAUUAGUUGUUUGGGAUAUUUUGAUUAACAGUAGAAUUAAAUUACAAAAAGCUCUGUUAAACAGUAAUAAAUUACCACAACACGAUAAAUUUCAACAUUACAUGGAUAUUGGCGGUGAUGAGGUAAAGAAAGCUCAGUCUAAAGCUUUGGAGGAAGAAAACAAAUUGCUGGAAUCAUUGAUUAAAUUAACUGCUGUUAUCUCUUCAAAGAAAAGCCCAAAUGAUUCAAACACGAAUGAUAAUAUUAAUGACGAAAAACAAUUAGCUAAUAGCCAUGCAAAGAUGUUGUCUAAUGUUAAUGGAAUCAUGAACGAUUGGUGGCAAAAGACCAACUAUGCUACUCGAUCAGCGAAAUCAAAUGCUAAAUCGCAAGAAGAAGCUCAAACAACAAUCAUCGAAAAUAUUGAUUCAAUCCUUAGUAAUCGAGAAAGACUAAUUAAAAAGACUCGAACAAAACGUUCACAAUAUCGUACAAUUGGUAAAAAUGAUUCAGCUGAUGAAGAGGAAGAUACAAAUACUGAUGAUAAUCAAGAAGUAAGAAAUCAAAGUAAAAAUCGAGGAGAAACAAUUGACAAUGAAAUAUUUGAUGACGAUGAUUUUUAUGGACAAUUAUUGAGACAAUUGAUUGAAAGUAAAACCUCUUUAGAUUCUGUGGAUCCAAUUUCUUUAUCUCGUCAAUGGUUAGAAGUACAAAAGCUGAGGAGGAAAAUGAAAAGACGAAUUGACACCAGAGCAUCAAAAGGAAGACGAUUAAGAUACCAAAUUCAUCAACCAUUAAUUAGUUUCAUGGCUCCGGUUGAGGAUUGUCCAUAUGAAGAUGAUGCUAAAGAUGCUUUGUUUUCAUCUUUAUUCAAUCAACGUAAAUAUCAACAACAAUCAGAUGAUUUAUAAACUUUUUCUUUCCACAAAUUUUACUUCCAGUAAAUUGAUGUACAUUGAGCUUGUUUACUUGAUUAAUUUAUUAUAACCGAUACGAUUAAAUGAAAUGGAAAAGUAAAUUUUUUGUUGUGUAAAAAAA